UGAAUGUAAAGUUGAUUUUGCGGAGAACCAACACACACCAUCAGACCAAAACACGGAACCAAGUCCAGAACUGCUUGAAAAAUUGACAGAAGGGACGUCAGUGAUGAACAUAUCGCUGGUUCAAGAACUACUCGAGCAGCUGAAGCCUGUCAACGAGUCAGAGGAGCGAGCAACGCAGGUGAAAGAGAAGUUUCAAGAGUUCUUCAACUUCAUCAUCACCCGACGACUGACUGAUAAUAAGAAAGAAGCUGAGAAAGAGGUGAAGAUUAAGCUGCAGAAUGCAACUUUGUUGGAAAGAUUGGAGCAUUAUUAUGAAGCUUUCAAAGACCUACAUCUGGUUUAUGAAGGUCAAGAUGUUGAAACUCUCAAUCAAGUGCCAGCCGCAAUUAUGGCGACAAUGUUAAAAUUGCAAAGAACAAAGUCAGCUGGCAAAAAAAACUUUGAGGAAGUUGUAGAGGAAAGUGUUAAAACACCUGUUGAAAAUGCUGAUCAGAAAAUUAUAAAAAUGGACGUAGGUGAAACAACGAAUAGAGAUGUUGAGCUAAUGGCAGAACAAAUAUUACAUUCGUUGACCGAUUCAGCUAUCUCUUUUGUUAAAGAGAAUCAAAGGUCGGCAGACGUUUCUGUUAACAAAGAAGUUAAAGUUGAAAAUUUGAAUGAAAAUGUUGUCAGUGUUUCAAUAGAAGAACAAAUGAUGAAACCAUCUGGUAAGCAACAAUUAACAGAACAAGCACAUACACCAGAGAUACAACAACAAACAAUACAACAACAAACAAUACAACAACGAGACACGCUGGCAGAUGAUCAUCAGCAACAAAUGAAUGAACAGCAAUUGGAACAACUUGAUAAAGAAUUCAAACUGCAAAAACAUGGAGAUUUAUUUCUAGAGAAACAGCAAACAGGAGAAAUAAUGAUAUCAACUGAAGAGCGUUUGAUUGUUGAGAAGCAAUUGAAAGAAGAAGACCAACAACAACAUCAGACCCAACAACAACAACUCCCAAUUAGCGAAAAUCAACAACAUGAAUUACAGCAACCUAUCUCAACCGAACAUGUCGAAAUGUUUAAAAUUCAACAACAACAACAGCAACAACAAUUAAUUGAAACUGAACAGCUAAAGGAAGUUACAGAACAAACGGUUGACGAAGCUGCAAAAACAACAACUGAAACAACAACAUCAACACUAACAACAACACUGACAACGCCGACGUACACAACAACUACUACCGACACAACAAUAACAACAACAAUCUCAACAGUGUCGGAAAAAGCUGCUGUCGCGGCAUCAUCUGCUACUACUACCACGACAGACAGUAUGAAAUCUUUUACUACAACAACUGCUCAACAACAAAUACAACCAAUCUCUGAGGAAUGUUCCAUGAUCUCAUCACCAUCGGUGAUACAGGACAUUGAAUCUGAGCCAACAACAACAACAUCGGCGUCUGAUACAUCCCCAACUGCUACAACAACAUCUGAAACAAAAGUGACAACAACACCAACGCCCGAUUUCACAUAUGAAAUUAUUGACGGUGAUAUUCAAUGCAAAAUCGAUGAAACUGAAAAACUAACUCUCUCAGAAGAUGGAAAAACGUCAACGACGCGCAAAGUCAUGACGCGUAACUACUACCAGCAACAACAACGCAGUACGCUGCAGCAAGGAGUGGUCGUGGCUACUGAACAGCUCGAGACUUUUGUCGGCAAAUGCAUAGAUGAGUACGUGUUUGAAUCGCCUACAGAAAUCAAGGAUCCGUACGCUGCCAACGUCGAGACGACGACUUCCAUUGACGAGAAUGAGGAAACCCUGGAAGAUGGCACUUGGGUGAAAAAGAAGGUUACCAUGGUGGUAGCCUAUCUCAGCAAUGAAGAUGCUGAUAGUCCAAGUGUUUUUCAAGAAGGGAUGACUGCUGAGUCGAGCGUACAACAACAGCCACAACAGCAGCUACAGCAACAACAACAACAACAACCACAGCAGCAAACAGAAAUGUAUGAAGACAAAUCUCAGUUAUUAUUGAACAAAGUUGCAGACGGACCACAACAAGUUCAACAACACCCAUCCCAAGAACUUCAGCAAAAUAUUUUCAGCGAUUCAACCAUUCAAAAAAUAUUUUACGAAUGUUUGGGUCUCGAAUUUCCUGAAUUUUUUUCGGCAUCGGCGUCGUACGUUGACAACGUGAAAGAACGAAUCGUGAGAGUGCCACCUUACAGAUCAACAAUAUCAAAAGUCAAAACCAAAACUGAGACCCCAAAAGACCAGCAACAACAAUCUCAACAACAAGUUCAGCAACAACCGCAAAAACAGUAUGAAGAUAAAACAACAACUACAAAACAGGGAAAACCUCCAUCUUUCAUCAUCCCAGAGCCCCAGCAGCAGCAACAAAGACCAACUCGACAGUCGGCAGCAACAAAUCAGCAACAACAACAGAAGCGCAUCAUAAGAUCUCGUGUUCGCAAGUUGAUUACACGCAAAAUUCGCAAGACCCUGCACAACGGUGACGUCAUUGAGGACGUCAUCACCGAAGAAAUACCUGACGUCGACAUGUCCGAGACGUCGAGCGUCAAAUCUGGUUACAGCGAUGUGGUCCUAGGAAUGAUUUCACCGAGGUCAAGGUCAUCUGUUGCUUCCGCUACGUCACUAGGCAACGCUACUUCUCCCCGCAGACGCCGAGGAUCUGGAUCCUCCCACUCCAGUUUGAAAAUAUACACGGAUACUGUGGAAGGUGAACCGGAAAUUACUACUGAUGUUCAGGAACGAGAAGAAACUCUACCUGACGGUCGUGUGAUAGUUAGAAAAACCAUUAAAACAAAACAGAAGCAGACAAUUGUAAAGAGAGUUGUUCUGGAAGGUGGUGACGAUGGCAACAUGGAGACAACCGGAUGUAACAACUUCGAUGAUGAAUCUUUUGGUCCUGCGUUGAAGAUGUACACAGAUGCACUCCAAGGAUUCGGUGGCUGCAUUGUUGGUGAUGGAGGCAGCAGCGACUCGUCUUUCCUGAACGAGUGGCUCAGGCAGUCGGAAGUCGUUGCGUCCAACAGUGGUAACACUGAUACCGACGUGGAGAUGAUGAGGUCCUUCAAUUCGAAUCCAGUCGUUAUAUCUCGGAUCCAAACGACCAGUGCCACAAGACCCAAGUAUCGAGUUUCAAUGGAGAGGACCGAUCCACAAUCGGUCAAUAGCCUCGGCAGUGGCGAUGGACAAAAUAAUGAUUGCGACGGUACCAACGGGCUGAAUCGAUAGUUGCAUUUUUCAAUUACGAAAUAAAGUCAUAAUAUUAUUUUUAAAAUUUACGUAUAAUUACAUUUUUAUCAUUCAUUAUUCAAUAUAGCCUUAUCUGAGUCUGCUAGUUUAUUUCAUCAUUAGUUAUAUAAAUAAUAUUGCUCUCAAAUAAUGGGGCUAAUCUUCGAUAUAAGUACAGAUUCGAGUUGAUUUCAACUGGCUUAUAAUUUUCGAUUUUUCGAGUUAAUCAGUUUAUAAUUUAUAGAUUAAUGUACAUAAAAAGUUAAAUGUAGAACAAACGAGCAUUGCUUUUUAUUCAAAAGUUUCAAAUAUGUUUGCUUUGAAGUGCUACAUCUUAAAAUUUGCCGUCAUGAUUGUUCUUUAAUGUUUUCCAUUUCCUCAGAAUAAAAUCUUAAUGCGUUA